GUGAGUGAGAGGCACCCGGAAAGUUGCAAGCCCAAGCUUCGGCCGAUUCAGCAUUGCCGCGCCAUUGACACAACAAUCCCGUUUUGGUUGAACACUUUCUCUUGCACACAACGUCAAGUCCUCCCUCUCAAAUUACUGGCCAGGCCAGACGCUCGAAGGAAAGACACUUAUGUCUUUCCUACCACGUCUUUUCAAACCGCCAGCGGUGAACUGUAGAGCAUAUUCUUCUUUUUUCUCGUCUAAACCAGGCGGAGGUCGAUACUUCAAUUCCGCUAAACCUCCCAAGCCUGUCGUUUCUUCUAGCAGAGCAAAGGUCGAUAAUGGAAACACCAGCGUCGUACCUAGCGAUGGAACGAGCAGUAGCAGCUCUGGGAAUGGGAACGGCAAGAUGAAGGUCGGAGGUGCAGAUGAAACUCCUUCGAUUCCAGCUUCGAACACAGUCGACACAGCACGAAGUAACUCUUCCCUACCAUUUGCAUCGCAGAUUUCGGCAUUUUCAAGCCAAUUUCAUCACCAAGUUCAUCCCACAAUAUCGUCACAGGAUUUCAAUCUCCACCAAUUCUUCUCGUUGCACCGACCGCUUCUGCUCUUAUCUCAACCGCCAUCUAUCAUCUUUGAGUCUGCGCCCCAGGACGCACCUCUCUUUCAGUCACUAGAAGAGGUGCCAACGACUCAAUUGCAGUCAGGGCAAUUUCCUACCCUCGACGAGCCCCCAGAAUCCUCGUUCGAGACUGACGCUGAUGCUGCGAGGCAGCUCGGUCAUGCCUUGGUCAUGAAUCGCGUGGGUGGAAUAGUAUCAUGGCAAAACACCCUGGCAAAACUUGGUUUGGGUGAGGAGACCGCAGAAGGUAGCGCGGUUAACGCGAAAGAGUCUGCACAGGAGUGGGUCACUAUCUACGCUGAUAGCACAAAGCGAAAGAAGCGAAAGAAGAUGAAGAAGCACAAGUUGAAGAAGCGUCGCAGACUCACUCGCAUGCAACGCCAGAAUGCAAAGUAGAUGAUCUCCAGUGGACAUUUGGCCACCUGGCACACCGUGAUGUAGCCUUAAUUUCUCAGAUACAUCUUUUACAUCCUGAAUUG